AUGGCUGUCGGAAAGAACAAGCGCUUGUCGAAAGGCAAGAAGGGCUUAAAGAAGCGGACCGUCGACCCCUUCACUCGCAAAGAUGAAUACUCGGUCAAGGCCCCCUCUACCUUCCAGAUUCGCGAUGUUGGAAAGACCCUUGUCAACAGAACCACCGGUCUGAAGAACGCCAACGACGCUCUCAAGGGCCGAAUCUUCGAGGUUUCCCUUGCCGAUCUCCAGAACGACGAGGACCACGCCUUCCGCAAGGUGAAGCUCCGUGUCGAUGAAGUCCAGGGCAAGAACUGUCUUACCAACUUCCACGGUUUGGAUUUCACAUCGGACAAGCUGCGGUCUCUGGUCCGCAAGUGGCAGUCUUUGAUUGAGGCCAACGUUACCGUCAAGACCACCGACGACUACCUCAUCCGCUUGUUCGCCAUUGCUUUCACCAAGAGACGCCCCAACCAGAUCAAGAAGACCACAUACGCCCGCUCUUCUCAGAUCCGCUCUAUUCGCAAGAAGAUGACCGAGAUCAUCCAACGCGAGGCUGCCAGCUGCACUUUGUCGCAACUUACCACCAAGCUGAUUCCCGAGGUUAUUGGCCGUGAGAUCGAGAAAUCGACCCAGGGCAUCUACCCUCUGCAAAAUGUCCACAUCCGCAAGGUCAAGCUUCUCAAGGCACCCAAAUUCGACCUUGGUGCUCUCCUCAACCUUCACGGCGAGUCGACAACUGAUGACAAGGGCCAAAAGGUCGAGCGGGAGUUCAAGGAGCAGGUUCUGGAGAACGUCUAA